UGGUACCGUAUUGCUCGCUCGUGGGUGCCCUCGUUGAUCCGGGUAGAUUGUGUUACCCGAUCUCGUUUUCGCGGGUUUGGUCCGCGGUUGAUUUAGGAAUCGGAGGUCUCGGGCGAUGCACUUUCUUUUGGUUAGUAGGAGUCGUUAGUGUGCCUGGAACAAAGGGUAGCGUACCGUCUUGUGCGGGCGGUUGAGGCUGCUAUUGUUGUACUGUACUUUCUUUCCCUGCCGUGUAGCUUCAUAUGAUCUUCAAACCAGGAUCCAUUCUGAGACUCUAGAGAACACGAUGCCUUUUUGUAUGCCUGGUUUCAUUUCUUGACAUGCUAAACUGCGUUCAUUGAUUACUGGAGUUGUUAGUGUUCGAUGCACUCUAAGCACGACUUCUGUUUUGGCUUGUUUGCUGUGACGAAUCACAAGGACGGUAUCUGAGAAAGGUUGCUCUUCAAAAAGGCCCCCUUCGUUGAUUACACAUCCUUAACUGAUCAUAUGUUCUGAGCAAACAUUCACAAAUUGUAAUUUCCACGGCAAUCCGUAAGCUUUUUUAACUUUUUGACUGAAAUGUUUUAUCUUUCAGUUGGUUCCUUCGUAAUUGUGUUUGUUUCCUUGUUUUGAAUUUAGACAAUAUACUUAACUUUAGUUCAUUGGUUAAUCAAGGCACAUGUGUUAUCUUGUUUGUUUGCUAUGAUGAACCACAAGGACGGUAUCUGAGUAAGGUGGCUCUUGAAAAAGGGCUCUUACCUUGAUUACACACCCUAAACUGAUCAUAUGUUCUGAGCAAACAAUGCAAAAAUCUUAAUUUUGGCAGCACUCCACAAGGUGUUUCUGCUUUCAAACUAAAUGUUUAUCCUUUGGUGGGUUGCUUCACAAAUGUAUUAUUAUGUUUCCUUGUUGUUCAUUCUUUCAUACCUGAAAUGUAUACCCUAUACUUCACUUACUAUAUGGGUAUUGAGUUAACCGUAUAUGCUUGUUUCUUUGCUGUGAUGAAUCACAAGGACGGUAUCUGAGUAAGCUAGCACUUGAAAAAGGCUGCCUUCCUUGAUUACACAUCCUAAACUGAUCAUAUAUUCUGAGCAAACACAUGCAAUGUUUUUUUGUGCUUUUAGAACAGUCUGUUAUCCUUUUUAUUUGUCGUGUUACCUGUAUUGAAAUAUUGAGCGCAACUACCUGUUUGCUAUGAUGAAUCACAAGGACGGUAUCUGAGUAAGGUUAGACUUGAAAAAGGCCUCUUUCCUUGAUUACACAUCCUAAACUGAUCAUAUAUUCUGAGCAGACACACUGCAAUUCUGAAAUUAAAAGCAGAUCCCACGUUUUUGUGACUUUAGAGCAACCUGUUAUCAUUUUUUUGGCAUGUUAGCUAACUUGAAAUAAUGAGUGCAUCUACCACUUCGCUGUGAUGAAUCACAAGGACGGUAUCUGAGUAAGGCAGCACUUGGAAAAGUCCUCCUUCAUUGAUUACACACCCUAAACUGAUCAUAUAUUCUGAGCAAACAACACUGCAAUUGUGAAAUUAAAAGCAGUUACCCCUUUUUGUGCUUUUAGAGCAGCCUGUAUCCUUUUUUUUGUCAUGUUUUCUUUUCUUGAAAUAUUGAGUGCAUCUACGUGUUUGCUGUGAUGAAUCACAAGGACGGUAUCUGAGUAAGGAAGCUCUUGAAAAAAUCCUCCUUCAUUGAUUACACAUCCUAAACUGAUCAUACAUUCUGAGCAAACACAUGCAAUUCUGGAAUUAGAAUGAAUUCACUAGUUGUUUGUGCUUUUCGAGCAAACUGCUAUCUUUUUUUUACGUUAUCUGUCUUGAAAUAAUGAGCACACCCACUUGUUUGCUAUGAUGAAUCACAAGGACGGUAUAUGAGUAAGGCAGCUCUUCAAAAAGUUCUUCAUUGAUUAUGCAUCCUAAACUGAUCAUAUAUUCUGAGCAAAUGAUUUCUGAUAAACGGCUACUAAUAUGGUUGUGGGACACCUGUGCACCUACUAAUUUAUAAGCGUGUUCUCCAAUUUGAAAUAAUGAUAAAUUUGUUGCCUUCCUUGGGUCAUUUUUCUCUGGAGCAAUCAGUUUGUCUUGGUUGAAUGAUGAUCACACGUGCAUAGUUCAGAUGAUCAAACCAUGAUUACUUGAACAAAAUAGUCUUUCGCUCCUAUCUGACGGCCAUCAAAACAAAUCUGCUCUGGAGAAUCAAACAAUUUUGUCUUCCUUCGAUUUUAUGUUAGCUGCCACUUUAUUAAGCAUUAUUAAUUUCGAAACUUUCAUUGAUUCUAAAUCCAAAACUGAUCAAAUAAUCUUAGCAAAUGAUGAACACUCAUUAUUUUCAUACUCUUUGACUUGAAAUAAUUGUACGUAUCAGCGCGAGUUAAUUUCCCUGCAUAUAUUUUUUCCUGCUUAUAUUGAGUUAAUGGCUUAACAGAUUUGUUUUAAUUUUUUCUUCUAUUUGCUGUGAUGAAUCAAAAGGACGGUAUCUGAGAAAUGUGUCUCUUGAGAAAGUGAUCCUUCCUUGAUUAUACACCCUAAACUGAUCAAAGAUUCUGAGCAAAUGAUCCUUCAAAGUAGUGCAUCACAGGAAGCUGUCCUGUAGGAAGAUGGAAUCUGCUGUCUUUGAGACCCCACUUUUACAUGGUCUUCCUGAUGAGAUUGCCCUCCUUUGCUUAGCAAGGGUUCCUCGGCAGUGUCAUAAUGCUCUCAGAUGUGUCUCAAGGAGAUGGAAAGCAUUGUUAUGCAGUGAAGAGUGGCACUCUUACCGCAAGCGGAACAAUUUGGACGAGUCUUGGAUAUAUGUGAUAUGUAGGGGUACUGGCUGCAAGUGCUAUGUUCUUGCUCCUGAUCCUGCAACUCGUACCUUGAAAGUCAUCCGAGUCAUGGAACCUCCAUGCUCAGCGCGUGAAGGCAUUUCCAUAGAGGCCUUGGACAGGAGGUUAUUCCUGUUGGGUGGUUGUAGCUGGCUAAAGGAUGCUAAUGAUGAAGUGUAUUGUUAUGAUGCUUCUUCAAAUUCCUGGAGCAAAGCAGCUCCCAUGCCUACUGCUAGGUGUUAUUUUGUAUCAGCAGCUCUGAAAGACAAGCUCUAUGUUACUGGUGGAUUAGGUUUGACGGACAAGUCACCUAAUUCCUGGGACAUUUAUGACAAAGCCACAGACUCCUGGUUUGCGCACCAGAAUCCAAUGCUCACCCCUGACAUAGUCAAGUUUGUGGCCUUGGGCGGUGAGCUGGUGACCAUCCACAAGGCUGCUUGGAACAAGAUGUACUUCGCUGGGAUAUACAACCCUGUUGACCAGACCUGGAGGGGCACGGCGAAUGAGAUUGCCUUGUGCUGGUCUGGCCCAACCGUUGUUCUGGAUGAUGGAACCCUCUGCAUGCUUGACCAGUCCCUGGGCACGAAGCUGAUGAUGUGGCUGAACGAGACCAAGGAGUGGGUGAUGCUAGGCAGGCUAUCCGACAAGCUCACGCGCCCCCCAUGUGAUCUUGUGGCUAUCGGGAGGAAGAUCUAUGUGAUUGGCAGGGGGCUGAGCACCGUGACGGUCGAUGUCGACACGGCGGCUAGGGUUGAUGGUUUCCUGGUGUCCACGUCAACUGGCCCGCUGAUGGAGCAUGACUUCCCACCGGAGAGAUGUAGGGUGAUCACCAUCUGAAAGACAGAGACAGUGUAAUUGACUUUGUUACUAAAUAACAUAUGAAAUAAAGACGAUGUUCUCAGUAAAUUUGCUCCAUAUGGUAUGUAACAGUGGAUGUAUAUUGACUACUCAUUUGAGAUGGCUGUAUAUCGAUUUUAACUGUAACAAUA